UCUCGCGCUGGAGCGGCUCCAAAUUGGAACGCUGCCCGGUUUGAAUCGACGCGCGCGCGCGCGGCCGUUGGGGCGCCCGGUUUCUACGGCAACCAGGCCUACCUACCUACCUACCUGCCCGCCCACCCUCUCUCCGUGCUGCCACGUUGUGAAGAGACAUCUCCCCGAGGAACGGGGUUGGGCGGUGGGAAGGGAGAAGGGAGAAAAGAAUCGCUGACGUCGCGUCGGCCCGCCGUGCUCACGAUGAUCUUCGGCGGUUGAGGCUCGCAGGAGGCGCAUUUUGUAAAAUCGAGGCCCGCUGAUUUUCAGGCCCAGCCCAGCGCCGCCGGGACACCGCGUCCGCCUGAGGGAAGAUUUUGUGCAGUCGUCUUUGCUUGAGAGUAAUAUUGAAGAUAUGGCAACCAACGGAUCGGCAACCUGCUUCGGGGCUUCACAGAAUGAUCAAGUAGUACAGGCAGAUCAGGACUGUCAAGUGAAACCCAAGCCACUCUUACUUAAGUUGCUGCACUUCGCUGGAGCACGAAGUGAAACCUUCACAAUAAAGGAGGUAAUGCACUACUUGGGACAAUACAUAAUGGCUAAGCAGUUGUAUGAUGAAAGACAGCAGCAUAUAGUACAUUGUUCUGAUGAUCUGCUGAGUCACUUGUUUGGAGUGCAGAGUUUUUCAAUCAAAGAGCCACGAACAUUAUAUGCCAUGCUGUCAAAGAAUUUGAUAUCUGUGGGCCAUGAAGAUUCUAUAAAUGAUCUCAAUCUUGGAAAAAUUACCAACCAGCUUGGGGGUGAAGAUUGUCUCGUGACGGUGAUUCCAAAUGAUGGGAAUGCUUGCACAUCAUGCAAUGUUUCCUGUUCUCCUGCUGCAGGCAGAAGAUCCAAUUGCAGUGACUCUGAUAACGACGCCUCACCUGAUGAGCAGUUUCGUACUCGACGACGAAAGCGGCAUCGAUCUGAUAGCAUUUCCCUCCAUUGGGAUGAUCUGUCUUUGUGUUUGAUAAGCAAGUUGCGUCGUGAGCAUGGAAACAGUGAAUCGUCUGAUUCUCCCAGCCAUCUGGAUAUUCAUAUUGGUACAGAAGGUGAAGAUUCCAGUGAUAAAUUUAGUGUUGAGUUUGAAGUUGAAUCAGUUCACUCUGAAGAUUAUAGUGAUUUCAGUGAGGAUUCGCAAGACCAAAGUGACAAAGAGAUUUAUGAAGUUGCCAUUUUUGAAGCUGCUGACAGUGAUGAGAGCACUUUCAUUGAAGAAAUUGAUCCAGAAAUAUCUGAAGCUGAUUAUUGGAAAUGCUCCAGAUGUGAAGAGCUGAAUCCUCCAUUGCCACGCCAUUGUCAUCGAUGCUGGUCUGUGCGUCAAGAUUGGCUUCCUGAUAAACCUAAACUUCAGCAUUUUGACAAGAUUCAGGAUGAAGGUAUUGAUGUUCCUGAUUGCAAGAAACCACCACUUGAGUCAAAGAAAUCAAACUGUUCAGAUUUAAUCAGUGAGGCCUCUCAAUGCUCAGAGUCACAAGAAACCGAGUGCUCGGAACCUUCUACUUCUGGUAGCUUCAACUGCUGCAGCCAGGAAAUUGAAAAAGAAAGUACAGGCAAGGGAGAGAAAAGCGAGUUAAGUACUGUGGGACCUCUGGAGGCUUGUGUUAUAUGUCAGGCACGACCAAAGAAUGGUUGCAUUGUUCAUGGUAGGACUGGCCAUCUUCUCGCUUGUUACACUUGUGCAAGGAAACUGAAAAAAAGAAACAAACCAUGCCCGUUGUGCAGAGAGCCAAUCCAACUGGUUGUAUUGACCUACUUCAGUUAAAUACGGUUGAAUAGUCUUGCUGUCUUCCCUUGAGGCCAGCCACUUCCCCAAAUGAAGAGAGGAAGGAAAACGAUGGAAGGUUUCCUUGGGUUGGUGAUGUCAAACCAAGGACAGGCCAAACGGAGACACGCACGAGAAUUCCUGGAAGCAUGGCAUUCCAACCGGAACACCAUCAACAAACACAUUGGCUCCAAAUCAAUCUACCAUCCCCUGAGAAAAAGAACAGGAAAUGACAUCACCAAUGCAGGAAACUCAACCUGAGCUACAAAUCUUCUCAAAAAUCGCUGCUAAUCAAAGUGCCAGACACAUGUUCAAAUCCUACCAAUUUCAAAGCCCACAUCUCAAAACAGAAUUAUAUCAACUUGUUAAAUAAGAAAAUGCAAUGUACAGGGCACAGGGCAGCAAAAUAUGAUGUAGUUCCUGCAAUUAUAUAAUAUGCUGCCAGACCUGCCGAGCUUUUCCAACAACUUUGUUUUUGUUCCUGAUUUACAGCAUCCGCCGUUCUUUUGGCAGAUGGGACUAGUCUAGCUUGGAAUUAUGGUCAACCACAUCCUAAGUAAAUAUAAAGCACUGGAGGCGAGUACUGGUGCAGCAGUAGGUGCUGGCAGCAAGACUCUGAAACAGUGAACCCCGGAACACCGGCAGCACCGAGUCCUGGUACAGUGUGUGGGCUGUCAGCCCCAGAGCAACGCAGGCUGUUGCAGGAUGAUUACCGGAUUUGUGGACCUACCAGAAAUGCUGGAAAGACUACAGUUUGCAGCGUUACACACACCUCUUUUACAAUGCAAUCACAUUUAUGGCCCUAUCUCAGAGAUGACUGAGGUCAAACAGGGCUGUGCGAUUUCACCAAAUCUCCUCUUCAUUAUAUUUGCUUCAAUACUCUACCUCACCUCCAGAAAACUACCUACUGGCAUAGACUGAAAAUACAACACUGACUUUGACCCCUUCAAUUCAAAACCAAAAGUAACCCCAACCCCAGACAGCCACUGACCUUCAUUACACAGAUGGAGCUUAUGUGUUCCCUCAAACUGAGUUCCAGGCCAUUGCUAACUCCUCCAAAACAGAUGGGAACAUCGUCCUUUCUGUAAGGCCCUCUACCUACACGCUGUUACAGCACAACACCUCCCCCUCUCAAUCAGGAUCAACAAAGAGAUUCUUAAAAAUGGGGACCACUUCCCAGACUUUUGUGAGCCCGCUCGGAGUGAAGUCAAACCUAGAUGGAAAAGUGCAUCAUGCCUCUAGGGUCUCAAACCCAAGGGUACGGUAGCAAACGCAACUGCUCCUCCAGCUAGGCCCUCCUUGAAGACAUUCUGCUCUUCUCUCCAAUGUGAUUUCCGUUUUAAUCUUUCAAUUUGUUCGAACACCUCUCAGUUCUGAAGGCUAGCCAUACUGAACUUGAAAAACCAACUCUGUUUCUGUCUCUGCAAACAGUAUUUUGCCUUUAUCUGAGACCAAAGUCAUGGCUUACAGCACAGCAGUGAUCCCAUUGCUCUUACAGAUUUUGCAACAUGGACAACAUCUAGCAGGCACAAAGCAUUUGGUGAUGCACCAGCAACUACACAAGACCCUUCAAGGUCAAAAGACAGGUUGCCAACAGCAGCCCUCUCUCCCAAGCCAACUUUGUCAACACCGAGGGACAAAUCACUCAAAGCCAGCUCCACUGUGUAGAAUGUGUCAUUCAUAUACAGAACACCAGACUCACAAAGCAGCUACUCAACUCUGAACUUAGCUGUGACAACAGACACCCAAGAAGACAGUGGCAACACUUUAAAGAUGUCUUCAAAACACUGCUGAUGAAGUUAAAUGUCACCAUCAGCAAGUCAGAGGCCUGGUCAGGGGACUGACCAAAAUGGAGAAGGUUGAUCCAUAAAGGCACCAAGCACAAGACAUCAAGAGUUCAGCAAGAAUGUGCAGAAGCAACACUGAGACACAAGAGGGAGCUCAUAAACCUCCAAAUAACCAUCAAUCCACCAUGCAUGUAAACUGCAGGAGAAACUCGUUAUAACAAAAAUAAAGUCGCUGGAAAAUCUC